AUGAGGAAGUCAUUCAACUAUUCCUUCAAACUGGGAGAUGCUCUCUCAGAUUUCAUAGAUUCUGCAGAAUCUCCAGAACGAAAAGCUAAAUAUAAGAAAGAGAAGAAGUCUAAAUUUACACGGAAGAAACCACUCGGAAAGUCAUGAAGAUACAUCACAUCUCCGUUCCAUGAUAAAGAGUAUUAUAAGAAGUACAUGAAGGUGCAGCAAGAGAAGGAAAAGGAUUAUCUUAACAGAAAUUUACCUUAUGAGACUCCAUACAUCAACUUCAAAAUGAGGCAUGCUUUGAUAAAGAAGAAGAAGGAGUUUAACAAGUAUCGCCCCAAGACCAGGAUUAACAAGAUUAGUGCCAACAGAAGAAGAUCAACACGAGGGUUAGGGCUCAUGGCAAAUCAGAGUUUGAGCCAAGUUAUUGAAAGUAGUAAGAAGGCCCCAAAGCAUGAGGCAGCCAUGGUAAAUUCUAAGAAGAGAAGGAAAUCAACGAAAGAGAAUGAAGAUUUCAGCAUUAAUGAUGAGGAGUUAAGGAAAGGACUCAACAAUUUACAAAAUAUUUCAAGAAGCAUGAAAGAUAUGAUCGAACAAACCAAGAAGAAGGCAUAUCCUGAAAGGAAAGAGAGAAGAAAUGUUAUCAUGAAGCCUGUUAAGAGCAAGAAUUACUCCCAGCAGAUUAGUUUGAUUAAAUCCAGGACUGUGACCAGUAAUCCAAAGAAUUUAGAGAAGAAUAUUAUUAAAAAUAUUCUUAUAAAUGCAAAGAAGGAAUUUGAAUAUGCUAACAAGUUACUAUCACCUGUAUUGAAAUCUUCAGAUAAUAAUAAGACUCAGCAAGACUGUCUUAAUGCACCUGCUAAAUACAAAGAAAUAUAUUUGAAAAACUCUCUUGUCAAUGAAAGCUUUGCAAUAAACACCUCUCUCAGAUCAGAAACCUCUUGGUCUCAGUCUCCUAAUCGUACGAAGAAAUAACGAUAAGAGUUUUUUCUUCCAAGACACUCCUAAAAAUAAGCUAAAUAAAAACAAACUAGAAUCAAAGAGUUCUAAAAAAGUAAAUAUUAAGACAGAAUCCGAUAAGCCUGGUGAAAAUUCGUCAACUUGUACUGAAGGACUCAAAUUUCUAGUCAAAUUUGUAAACCCAAAAAUAAAAUUAAAGUUGAUCGACGACAUCAGCACGACCAAGAAGUUACAGAAGAUGAAGAAAUUUACAGAGAAGGUAUUGAAGAAUCUGAAAGUGUUUAUCUCAAGUGGGAACAACCAAAGAAUAUCUAUAAAACCUCAUUCUCAGCUUUCAAAACCAAGGAAAAAGAAGAUAUCUCGUAAAAGAAAGCUGUCUUUGACUACUAGCUCUCUUACAAACGCAGGGACAGGUGUAAACUCAACAAUAAGAGAUAGCUAUCAGAACAGCUGAAAGGCUAAGACCUAUAUAUCCCAUGGGACUACAAUCCAGUCUUCAUUCGUAGGUCCAGCAUCAAUAAUAAGAGACUAUUAG